CGGGCGGGGGCAGCUGGGCUGGAGGCCCUCGGGGCGCUGGAGUCGGUGGGACCGGCGACCCUGAGAAGGCUGGGGUCGAGGGCUGGGUCCCCAUGGUGGCAGGGGUCGGUGGGACAGCGUCCCCGGAUGGGCAGGGGCCGGUGAGCCCCAGGGUGGGAUGCCUGCUGCUGUGCCCCUGGCCACGGGAAACUGGGGGUCUCAGGCAGGACAGAGGGGACUGGGAGCCCCACGCGCGGGUACUGGGGUCGGUAGGACUGAAGGGUAGGUGUAGGGCCCAGCCAAGGGAUGUGGUGCUAGUCCCGACUCCCAGCGUGACCGGGAGGCCCUGGAUGGCUGUGCUGCCUUGAAAACUGGCCUCUGGACACCUGCCCCGCGUAGGGGACAGGCUGCAGGUGGCUCUGCCCUGGCUGUGCCCGCUACUGGUGCCAUCCCACGUUGCCAGCCAUUCCCAUGCCACACUUCCAUAGCCGCCACAGCAAUGCCACCCUAUGUUUUUGCUUUCCUUGGCCUUGGUACCUGUCAUGGUUUGACAUAGCUUGGGUUUUGGUUCCUGGAACUGUCCUGCUGCCUCCUCCUCUCGCCUUGUUCUUCACCCCGGUGCCAGGGUGGUGUGCUGCUAGAGACUAGGGUAAAGGCAGACACAAAGCACCACCUUCCAGGGAGGUGGUUGGGGAGAGGGGCUCACACCUGAGAGACUGGGCAGCAAUGAAACCUUGCAGGGCGUAUGACCACAGGAGGAUGGUGGCCCUGAUGGGCUGAAUUUGGGUCCCUGGUGCCGCCAACCCGUGCCACCUCCUGCAGCAAGAGCAUGUCCCCAGCAUAGAUGCUUGUGCUGGAGGGACUCUUCUGCUUAGGAUUUGAGUCAACUGCCUGGUCAGGAUGAGCUGGAGUUUCCUGACGCGGCUCCUGGAGGAGAUCAACAACCACUCGACCUUCGUGGGCAAGAUCUGGCUGACCGUCCUCAUCGUCUUCCGCAUCGUGCUGACAGCCGUGGGGGGAGAGUCCAUCUACUACGACGAGCAGAGCAAGUUUGUGUGCAACACGCAGCAGCCGGGCUGUGAGAACGUCUGCUACGACGCCUUUGCACCCCUGUCCCACGUCCGCUUCUGGAUCUUCCAGAUCAUCAUGGUGGCGACGCCGUCGGUGCUGUACCUGGGCUUUGCCAUGCACCGCAUCGCUCGCAUGCCCGAGUCCUCGCGGCGCCGGCCACCGUCAGCCCGGCGGGCGCGCAUGCCCGUGGUGCGCCGGGGAGCCGGGCGAGACUACGAGGAGGCAGAAGAUGACAAUGAAGAAGACCCCAUGAUCUUUGAGGAGAUCGAGGUGGAGAAGGAGAAGAGCCCAGAGGGUGGAGAGAAGCAUGACGGCCGGCGCCGUAUCAAGCAGGACGGGCUGAUGCGUGCCUAUGUCCUACACUUGCUGUGCCGCUCCGUGCUGGAGAUGGUGUUCCUCUUCGGGCAGUACCUGCUGUACCGCUUCGAGGUGAGCCCCUCCUAUGUGUGCAGCCGCAGCCCCUGCCCACACACUGUCGACUGCUUUGUCUCCCGCCCCACUGAGAAGACCAUCUUCCUCCUCAUCAUGUACGCCGUCAGUGGGCUCUGCCUCUUCCUCAACCUCUGUGAGCUCUUGCAUCUCGGUGUGGGGCGCAUCCGUGAUGCCCUGAGCCAAGCCGAUGGCCCCCCACUCCCAACUGGCGACAGUCCUGCACCACAAUACCCCAAGAAAGCCCCCAGCGCCCCCCCCACCUACCACUCCCUGAAGAAGGAGCUGCCACAAGCCGCACUGACCAACAGCAAGCUGGACUACCGGGAGAGCCUGGCCCAGGGGCGCUUUGCCCUGGCUGGAGCUCCCCCGGUGCACGAGCUGGACCGGCUGCGUGAGCACCUGCGUCUGGCCCAGGAGCACCUGGAGGUGGCCUUCCACCUCCAGCCCCCGCCACGGCCCCCCAGCCCUGCCCGCAGCAGCAGUCCCGAGGCCAACGGCAUGGCCGCCGAGCAGAACCGCCUCAACCUCGCCCAUGAGAAGGGGACCGCCGCCUGCGACAGGACCACGGGGCUGUGAGUGUCACCAGGGAUGACAGCGGUGUCUGCUGGAGUGGCUGCCACCGCCACCGUGGGAUAGGCAUCCUGCCAGGAGCACAGGGCAAAGGAUGCCACAUGCCUGCCCAGCAGGGCAGUGUGGGCAGCCCUGUCCUGGUGGGCAGCAGAGGGGUCAGGGGCCAUGGGGUUCAUUCCUACUUAAUUUUCAAAAAGGGAAUAUCUUAUUUUUGUACGUUUUUAUAAACUCAUCAACAUGUGCACCCUGGCAUUUUUAUACUCCAUCCCAAUCUCCACCCUGGGCCUGUGCCCCCCUGUCUCCUGUUUCACCCACUUUUCCUCCUCCCACACCCAUUUUCCCCAGCAUGUUGUCUUCACACCUCCCUGUGCCCCCCAUGCCCUCUGUCACCUGCGGCAGCACUGGCUGUUGCUGUGCAUGUGCCAGUGAUUUUGGUACUGCCCCCUGAGGUCUGGGGGACUUGGGGGAGCAGGCUGGGGGUCUGGCUGGCCGGGCCAAGCUGUGGGACAGAGGGCUGGGCUGGCAUUACUUUUGGAGGGGGUGGGAGGGGUCCUGGUGGCACUGCACUGCCAGAAAAUGACUGUGUAGCCCGGGGGGCCGUGCUGCGCAGCAUCCUGGCAUGGGGCUGUGAUUGCGGGGCUGGCCUGCUUGGAAAUGUCUGUGCAGAGGUCAGGGGCUGUCGUUCCCACUGCCUCCGCCCUGUCCUGGCAGGCUGCCUUUGGACCAAAACUUGACUCCUCCCACUCUGGCUGCAGGGCUGGGACCCCCUGCACGGAGCCAGACCCUGGCCUCACAGUGUGGGGACGUGGUGCCCCGAGCUGGGCUCGGCCAGGAGCCAGUGGAGCAUUCCUCAUCAUCUCAGCCUGGGUCACAUGGGGACUUUUGUAGCGUUGUUUUUUACUCGGAAAUGAUUGUCACUCUGUUUUUCUUUUUUUUUUUUAAUAUCUAUAUUAGUAAAGGCUGAAGACGUUU